UUGUGCACGUGACCCACUCGCCGCAUCUGCCUAUGACCCACACGCAAAAUGAAAGGUCUGACGAAGAGGAAAGUCCUGUUUCUCAGCUUCAUCACCGGCUUCCUUCUGUUCUUUUUCAUCAAUUUGCUCUCUCACUCUUUUGUGCCUCUUUCCACAGGGGCGAUGAAGAUCAGAAAGUCGGAGCGGGAAUUAAUGGAGACCCUGGAUGAAGCGCUCCUCGAAGAGGAGAGGCUCUAUCAAGGUUCUGUUCCAUGCACAGGGGAAGCGAACGCGACGUUGGCGGAGGAGAUAUCGAAGAAAGUGAGGGUCCUGUGCUGGGUGAUGACCCAGCCGGAGAAUCACCGGAAGAAGGCCAGACACGUGAAGGCCACGUGGGGGAAGCGCUGCAACGUCCUCCUCUUCAUCAGCUCCAAAGAAGGUGAUUCGUCGCUGCCUGCCAUUGCCCUUCCCGAGGGCGAAGGGAGGGAACAUCUCUGGGAGAAGACCCGCGAGGCAUUUCGCUACAUCUACCAGCGUCAUUUUCAGGACGCCGAUUGGUUCUUCAAGGCCGACGAUGACACGUAUGUGGUUGUAGAGAACCUACGUUUCAUGCUGCUAUCGUAUGAUCCGAAGGAUCCUGUAUACCUCGGAUGCAAAUUCCAGAAGGACAUGAAGUCCGGUUACAUGACCGGAGGGGCUGGUUACGUGCUGAGCCGAGAAGCCCUGGACAGGCUGGUGAACAGAGCCUUCCCCAAUCCCAGGAAGUGCUUUGACUUUGGGUUACCCGAAGAUAUAUACAUAGGGAAAUGUUUGCAGUCGGUCGGGGUUCUCGGCGGGGAUUCGCGAGAUCCGGAGGGCGGAUGGCGCUUCCACCCGUUCGCACCGGGGGAUCACUUGGAUCCGUUCGAGGAGGAUCUAAGGAUGCCGGAAUGGUUUAAUGGAUACACGGCUUAUCCGCACCAGAGGGGAGUCCACUGCUGCUCGAGCGCGGCCGUGUCCUUCCAUUACGUGACGCCGUGGAAUAUGCACGCUUUGGACUAUUUCAUCUAUAGGCUCAGACCGUAUGGCGUCUCGCCCAUUUUUUCGUUACCGGACCCAGUGAAAAGUAUGUCUGGAAACAGGACUGAUGUUACUUCUUCGAAGGAAAGUGUCCAGAAUGACCCCACGAGAGAGUUUGAAGGAAGCAAAAGUGAUGAUGUAUUAACAAUUGUUUGAGGGUAAUCCUAGAUGUGGCAAAAUUUCGGCUUACGGGCAAGAGAAACGUAUAGUUUGUUGCCACUGAAGGUUCAUAUCAGCUACAAGAAGCAGAUCCUAUCUCUUGGUCUUCAAACACCAUGAUUUUGAUGCAGG